CUGACCAAUAAUUCAAAUGUCUGAGGAGUUAUGAGUGGACGUAAACUUUAUAUUCUGUUUCAGAUCUUUUUAACAGAACAUAUCUAUAUCUCUCUCUACAGAUAAACAUUACAUGGUCAGGCUGUAAGGUUUAUCACACUGGACUGAAUCAUGGUGGAGACCCGGGAGUGUUUUCCUCUUGACUGUUUAUUGAAAUACCUGUUUACUUUGGUAGGACUGUUAUUGUUCCUGCUGGAUAUAGCUCUGGACAUUUGGACUGUUGUGUCAUUCUAUCAGGAUGGGUCUUAUGUGUAUAUGGGAGUGAUGAUUUUUCUGCUGCUGGGCUCUUCAGUGUUGUUACAGGUGUUCAGCUGGCUCUGGUACUCUGAUUCACUGGAGAAGAUUGAGAGCAAGGUGGAGAAAUUUACAGCCCGGCAUUCAUUGAUCAAACCACUCCACCUCCUGCAGCUCGGAGUCUACCUCAGGUAUGCGGGGGUGAUAGAGACCUCCACAAUGGAUUUUCUUCAUUGCAUUAAUAAUUUCCGAAAUGGCAUGUGGCAUAAUGUAAGAGAGGAUGUGGCUGUGAAACUGAAACAUGAUCUUCAGAUGCUUCGUCUAUUUGAGGCAUUUUCUGAAAACACCCCACAACUCACACUCAUUUUGUCUAGAAUCCUACAGAGAGGAGAGCUGGAGCUUAUUACAGGUUUAAAGUCCCUUACAUCAGCUGCUGGGAUUGCCUUUAGCGUUGCUUUGUACCACCGCAGCAUGCUUAUUUACCUUCCCAAAAAACGCAAAAUGAGUUGGAUCUCUACUGGUGUCUACUUCCUGUGGAACUUGUUGCUGAUCAUUCCCCGUGUAACUGCUCUGGCACUCUUCUGCAGUGUAUUGCCAUGCUACAUUAUUGCUCACUUUCUGUCUCUGUGGAUGCUGCUGGUUUUGGUGGCCUGGAGCCAGAAAACAGAUCACAUGAAAAAUCCUGGUUGGGAAUGGCUCUUCAGAGCUGCUGUUGGACUCAUCUGGUACUUCUGCUGGUUUAAUGUAUCGAAAAAAGGAAGCAUAAAAGUAAAGAUGGUUCUGUAUUAUAUUUCCAUGGCUUUGGACACAAUGAUGCUCCUGGGCUUAUGGUGCUGGAAGGUGUUUGAGUAUGCAGGCUGCUGGAGCUCCUUAAACCCUUAUAUGGUGAUCCCGACACUACUAGGUUUAUACAUCAUUGGAAUACUAGUGAAAAUGAUAUACUACAGAUGGUUUCAUCCAAAAAUAGCUGAACCCGGUGAAGGGCGGUUUAGACAAGCUGCAACAUAUAACACAGACUUGACAGACUCGACAGUCUCGUCCAUGGAAGAUAUAGCUGCAGCUUCUGUGCAGCCUCUCACCGGAGCCCUCAAGAGGAGCAAGACCAUGGCUGAUAAUUUCUACUUCUAGUAUUUGGUUAAACUUUUUCCCCUCCCCCUUCAAAAUUUGUUUUUAUAAUUUAUUUAAAAUCACAGUAAAUCACAGUGCCAGAACCACUGAAUUUACAGUAAAAGAGUAUAUUUCAUUAACUGACGUAAUGUAUUGUGAUGUAUGUUAAUGUAAAAUGUAUUUUUGAUCUGGAAGUCUACUGGAGAGCAAAGUUGUACCCAGAGCAAUGUAUUACGGUGCUGUCAUGGUACAAUGUCCAGAA